AUGCAGCACUAUCCCCGAGCAGCCGCUGAGGUAAAGCUCAACAGCUGCGACAGUGUGGCCAUUGGCCACCCCGCGUGCAGCUGGGCGCUUCCCAAACCGCUGCUGCUGAUGCUGCCUCCACACCAGGCCAGCGCAACUGUAUCUGCCCCGGGAUACCUCAGCCCUGUCUGCCCCGACAUGCUCCCCGACAGCGAGGCUUGA